GCUCGUUUCUGCUGCAGUGCUGUGCGCAGCUGCCGCCUCCGCCUCCAGGCCCUCCUUCUGCUGAAUUGUCUGCAGCAGCGUCGCCAGUAGCAGCAGCAGCAGCAGCAGCAGCAGCAGCAGCAACGCCAGCAGCAGCGACAGCCGCAGCAGCAGCAGAGGGCGCAGCAGCAGACACUGAUCUCAUAAUGUCUCUUAUAAGUGCAAAAGAAGCAAAAAAGGCAGCAGACCUGCUGCUAGAAACUCUCAAGGCGAGAAUUGCUGCUGCUGCUGCUGCUUUUGCUGCUACUGUUGCUGCUGCUGCUGCUGCUGCUGCUGCCUUUGCUGCUGUUAUUGCAGCAGCUGUCGUUGCUGCUACUCCAGGCAGCCGGUGCCUUCCGGACUUGGGGGCCAGGGCCCAAAUCCGAGGAGCUGAGCUGGCAUGUCUUAUUGGGCUGCAGCUUGCCGCGGGCAGCAUGGUGCCGUUUAGUUUGCGGCUGCUGCUUGCUGUUGCUCCUCACCUUUGGGGGAAGCCUGUGGACUCUGUGUCGGCGUUGGCGUUGCUGCUGCAGCACUGCAAGCAGCAGCAGCAGCAGCAGCAGCAGCAGCAGCCAGCAGCAGCAGCAGCAGCAGCAGCAGCAGAUGACAACAACCCCACCACCGACCUCCAGCGCCUGUGGAGGGCCAGACGCAUCAAAACUGCUUCUCUCUUAGCCGUAGUCUUGACUGCAGCAAACUACCCUGAGGAGGCGCUGCAUUUGCUGCAGGAGGAAGUGCUGCCGAUAGAUGGAGGGUCUCUUUCGACUUUGUCCCUCAUGGGGCGCAUUUCCCUCAAGGCAGGACAAUUAGGGUUUAGGAUGGGGUGUACCGACUGCGCAGAGCAGUAUUUCUCUUAUGCAGAUUGCGCGACAUCUCCAGACAGCUGCAUAAGCAACACGAACCACGGCUUGCUGCUGCUCUUCACCCGCAGACCCGCAGCAGCAGUUGACGCCUUCGAUGCUGCAGCACAAGCAGCAGGGGGCCCCCCAGCCUCUCCCUUGUCUUUAGGGGCCCCCUUGGGGGCCCCCCUGGGGGCCCCCCUAGGGGCCCCCCUGGGGGCCCCCCUGGGGGCCCCCCUAGGGGGCCCCCUGGGGGGCCCCCUGGGGGCCCCCCUGGGGGCCCCCGGGGGGCCCCCCGGGGGGCCCCCCGAGGGUUGGGGCCCGAGUUGUGAAGUGUAUUGGCCCUCAGCUCAUUGCAUUUGCUGCAGCAAUUUGGCAGUGGCGAAGUUUUACAGCAAAAGGCUUGAAGACGCUACGGGGGCCCUUGAGGGGCUGGUUCAGGGGAGCCCUCUGGGCGUGGCUCCUGCGAGCGUGAGGAACCUCAUAACCCUCUACGAGUUUGCUGCUAACAGAGAAGAGUGUCUUUUGCUGCUGCAGCAAACCCUCAAAGCAGCAGCAGAAAUCGACCCCCACAUCAAGCAGGUGCUGCUGGGCAGCUAA